AUAUUUCAAGAAAAAUUGCAUAAAAUUGAUUUCAAUUUGCAUUCCAUAUUUCUCAAAAAUCCCAAAAAAUGUUGAGAAUUUCUUAUUCUUCUUUGCAUAUUCCCUCAAUUUGUGGAGCACCAGUUAAUUUCGUUCUCUCUUUCUUGAAUCCAUCUUCUCGUAAAGUAUCAAACUUCACUCGCUUAGCUUUACUUCACUCGACAACCCUUUUCCCCAAUUCACGUAAUUUCCAGUUUCCCACCUUCAAAAGGGUGUCAACAAUGAUGGGUCGUAGUCAUUCUUGUUCGAGAGUAAUUACAGCUUCAUAUAGUGCUGGGAGUGGUACUGGAGGCAGUUCUGGAGGUGAUCGGGAGAUAUUGGUACAGCAUUUACUUGUCAAAGAAGACGAUCAGAAGCUUCUACUGGACCUUCAGAAAAGAACUGCUGAAGGAGAGGAUCUAAGUGAUCUGGCCGUUGAGUAUUCUAUGUGUCCAUCAAAAGAAGAUGGGGGAAUGCUGGGCUGGGUGAGAAAAGGGCAAAUGGUGCCAGAAUUUGAAGAAGCUGCAUUUGGUGCACCUCUGAAUAAGGUUGUAAAGUGCAAAACUAAGUUUGGGUGGCAUUUGUUGCAAGUUCUAUCUGAGAGGGAGGAAUCUGUACUUGAACACAUCCAGCCGAACGAGUUUCAUGUGAGGUUGCAAGAUCCCUCUUUCCUGGAAGAGGCUCAAUUGAUUGAUGUUCGGGAACCAGAGGAAGUGGCCCAGGCUUCUGUACCAGGAUUUCAGGUUCUUCCUCUUCGCCAAUUUGGAGUCUGGGGACCAGAAAUAACUACUAAGUUCGAUCCUCAGAAGGACACUUAUGUGUUGUGUCACCAUGGCAUGAGGUCACUACAAGUCGCCAAGUGGUUGCAGACACAGGGAUUCAGGAAAGUAUUUAACGUGGCCGGAGGAAUCCAUGAAUAUGCUGUCAAAGUUGAUCCAUCGAUCCCAACUUAUUGAAGCGGGUACUCUUCGUGUCCCUGCUCUUUCCCCUGCCCCGCCUCCCGGUGACAGAGCUAAGUUUGGACAAAACCAUUUUGUUUUCGAUUUGUCCUACAAUUUUGACUCAAACAUCAAUGUGAAUGGUUGAUGUCAGGACAUCUUUUGUAUGCUAUCUCUGUAUUUCCAACAUGCCUCAAGCAUCAAAUCAUACAAUUUGCUAGGGUUUUCACCAUAUUAGAGAUAACACAAUGCAUAAUUUUAAAAAAUUCUCCAUAUUUUGAAA